UGGUCCGACCCAGGGAAAGCCACAGUUGCAGUGCGACUCACGCCUCAGUAGAGACUGGUUGGGCGUUGCGGCCUGACGGACGAACGGAAGGGUUUCCCCCCUUUUGGAGGAGAGGUAUACCUCAGCUCUCCGUCGCCGCCGCCGCCCCGCCGCCGGCCGCCCGCCCGCCCGCCCGCGCCGCGCCCGCCCGCUUCCGGGUCGUCGUCGCCGCCGCCGCCCCUCUCAUGUGGCGGCUACACGACCCCGCCGCAGGGCGGCCGCCCUUGGUCGCCGCCCUCGCGCUCCUCUUCCUCCUCCUGGUCGCUCGCGCCGCCCGCGCCGAGCCUGAACCCGAAGCCAAGCCCCAAGAAUACGACGAGUACUAUGACGGUUACGAUGAAUAUUACAACUACGAAAACGGCCCCAGAGAGCCGGAGGAACCCGGCCUUAGCACCGAAUGCACGUUCGAGGACCAAACGUACGCUGACGGCGAGUCCUUCAUGCCUGACGACUGCACACGCUGCACCUGUGCAGGAGGACAGGUCAGCUGCGAGCGGACGCCUUGCGACGACAAUUGCGUCGGGGUUCUGUGUGAGGAGGUCGAGUGCGAGGACCAGUACAUUCCCUUAGGCCAGUGCUGCCCGGUGUGUCCAGAGCAACCUCAACCACCACCCCCGGAAAUCGUUGGCCCAGCCCCAGAUUAUGCUUCCUCUACAACUGGUGACUCUGGAGUACCUGGACCCCCAGGUGACCGUGGCCCAUCAGGCAACCCUGGUACGCCAGGUAUUCCUGGAGAUCCUGGUCCGCCUGGUCCCAUGCCUGAUAUUUCUCCAUGGUUGUCUCAGCUGUCUCAGUCCCAAGGAGGCGAGAAGGGCCCACAGCCUGAUCCUUUCAGCUAUCUACAAGCCCAAGUUGGUCCGGUUGGUCCCAGAGGCCCAGUAGGGUCACCUGGACCCCCUGGCCCACAGGGUUUCCAAGGAAUGCGUGGUGAGCCUGGUGAUCCUGGACCUGGUGGCCCUGGAGGACCACCUGGACCAAGAGGUCUCCCUGGAAUACCCGGCAAAGAUGGAGAUAAUGGUGACGAUGGUGCCCCUGGACCGCAAGGAAGUGUUGGACCCCCAGGACCCCGUGGUUUACCCGGAAUGCCCGGUCUCCCGGGUGUGAAAGGUCACCGUGGUUUCCCAGGCUUGGAUGGCGCAAAGGGAGAACAAGGUACUUCUGGUGAUAAGGGUGCUGCCGGACCUGGAGGUCCCCCAGGACCUAUUGGACCCAUGGGAUCUGCUGGCCCCCGAGGUGAAAGAGGAAGAGAAGGUCCACCUGGUCCUCCUGGUCUCAGGGGAAUUGAUGGAAUUGCUGGGCCACCAGGUCCCCCUGGAGGUCCCGGUAAGCCUGGACCUCCUGGAUUCCCGGGAAGCGCUGGUGCCAAAGGAGACCAAGGUGUACAAGGACCCAAAGGCUCUCAAGGCCUCCAGGGCCCAAGAGGUGAAGCAGGUAAACCUGGUGUCCCAGGAGAGGCUGGUUCUCAAGGUCCCCCCGGAAAAGAUGGUCUAGUUGGUGAAAAGGGUGCCCCAGGAGCUCAAGGAGAUGCUGGUCCACCUGGCUUCCCUGGUGCUCGAGGGCCUCCUGGAUUACCUGGUAGCCCUGGUACGCCUGGCGUCAAAGGAGAGGCGGGUCUACAAGGAGAGAGAGGUUUCAAGGGAGAACUUGGUAUGAAGGGUGAACUUGGAACUCCAGGCCCCCGUGGUCUUCCAGGAGCUCCAGGUUCUCCUGGUAAACGUGGUAAGAGAGGCAUGCGUGGACCCCCAGGAGGUGCAGGCCCACAGGGUGAACGUGGACCCCCUGGUGGACGAGGUCUUCCUGGUGCUGAUGGCCCUCCUGGACCUAAAGGUCAGUCUGGUGAUGCUGGGCCUGUUGGUGCAGCUGGUCAAAAAGGACGUGAAGGAAACCCAGGUCCACCUGGAUUACCAGGCAGACAGGGUUUGAGGGGUCCAACAGGUCUUUCAGGGCCUGCUGGUAAAACGGGUCGCCCUGGAGAUCGUGGGCCCCCUGGUGCUGAUGGAAAGUCUGGAGACCAAGGACCCCAAGGUAUCCAAGGGUUACCUGGUCCAAUGGGACCUCCUGGACCACGUGGACAAAUCGGAGAACCCGGCAAAGAUGGCAGCGUUGGUGAAACAGGUCCAACUGGUCCUCGUGGAGACCCUGGAAAGGAUGGUGCCCAAGGCACAGUGGGUUCACCUGGUCCUCAAGGAGCUUCUGGCGAACGUGGACCACCAGGACCUCCUGGUGCUCGUGGAUUCCAAGGGUUACCUGGCUCUCCAGGAGCCACCGGAUCAGCUGGUAAAGAUGGUGAAGCAGGUUUACAAGGUCCCCGAGGAUUACCAGGUACCGCAGGACUCCGAGGAUCAAGAGGUUUCCCAGGAGAAAGAGGUGCUCAAGGUCCCCCAGGAGAAAAUGGAGCUCGAGGAGAACCAGGCUUGCCUGGCCCUGAUGGACCUGCCGGUCCUGCUGGGCCAGCUGGUCAAAAAGGUCAUGCAGGCCCCUCAGGUCUUGUUGGCCUUCCUGGUGGUCGAGGCGCUCCCGGUCUUCCUGGAGAAAAAGGUGAACGUGGUGGAGCUGGUCCUGUUGGACCUGAAGGUCCUCCUGGUCGUCAAGGUGAUCAAGGGCCUCAAGGUGUAAUGGGUCCACCAGGUCCCCAAGGAGAACCUGCAGAGAAAGGAGAUCCAGGCCCAUCUGGACCUCCUGGUGAACCUGGAGCAAAUGGCAUGAUGGGAGAACGUGGACCACAAGGACAACAAGGUAUUCAGGGCUUCCCUGGACCAAUUGGACCUCCUGGGGCAGCUGGACCAAAAGGUCAACGCGGUCUUCCUGGUCAAAAAGGAUCGCAAGGAAACACCGGACUUGUUGGGCAACCUGGUGAAGCUGGUCCACAGGGUCUAGCAGGUCUCCCAGGCGCCAAAGGACAACGAGGUGAAAUAGGAACUCGAGGAGAACCAGGCCUAAUGGGUCCACCUGGAAGGCCUGGUAACCCAGGUACUCCUGGCAAUAAUGGUGAAGCUGGUCAACCUGGUGCUGAAGGUCAACCUGGAAUCAAAGGUGCCCCUGGUGAUACUGGACGACCUGGAUUACCCGGUCCAAGUGGACAACCCGGAGCACCCGGAGUGGAAGGUCCGAAAGGAGAAGCUGGACCAAUGGGACGGUCUGGACCAGUUGGUCAGCCUGGACCCAUCGGAGCUUCAGGAGAACGAGGACUACCUGGGUUACCUGGUCCCCCAGGUCCUACAGGCUUAUCUGGAAAGACAGGUGAACGUGGAGAGCCCGGUAUGGAAGGCAAGCGAGGUGCAGAAGGUCCUGUGGGUCCCCCAGGCUUAGCUGGCCCAGUUGGUCCUAUUGGUCCCACUGGUGACACUGGUUCCCCUGGUGCUGAUGGUAAACCUGGUCCACCUGGUAUUGGCGGUCGAACUGGAGACAAGGGACCACCAGGUCCUCCAGGUUCUCAAGGAUCACCAGGCCCUGCCGGACUUCCUGGACCACCAGGUUCUGCUGGCCCCAUUGGUCCCACUGGAGAACGAGGCGACCGUGGUGAAGUAGGUCCACAGGGAGUAGAGGGUUCACCUGGACCUCGUGGCAAGCCUGGUUCACCUGGCAUGCAAGGAGAAAAGGGAGAGACCGGGGCUGCUGGUCCUAAAGGUGCUAAAGGUCAUCGAGGUCUCAUUGGUCUUCAAGGUCUUCCUGGUCCUCAGGGUCCACCUGGUGAAAAGGGUGUGCCUGGAGUUGCUGGUCCCCCUGGUCCAUCUGGAGAGCCUGGCACAAAAGGUCCCCCUGGUCGCGAUGGAGGUAUUGGUUUGCAAGGUAUUAUGGGUCCCCCAGGUCCUCGUGGUCCAAGUGGUGAAGAGGGUGGGGUUGGUCCUUCAGGUCCACCUGGUCCUCCUGGUCCCCCAGGUCCACCUGGCGAGUCCAUGGGCUAUGACGCAGCCGCACUCGCAGUUCUGCUUGGCCAAGGCCAAUCAAAGGGUCCUGAUCCCAUCCAGGGAGAUGAUUCCGAACUACCUGCUCGCCUCUUCGGAAAGGAGAUUACGGAUGACGAGCGAAGAGAUCUGAUCACCAAAGCUUACGAGCAACUCAAGACAUCUUUCAAAAAGUUCCUCAAACCAUCAGGCACGAAGGAUGCCCCAGCAAAGACCUGCAAAGAUCUUGCUUACGCUCAUCCAGAGCUGCCUAGUGGCGAGUACUGGAUUGAUCCUAACGAGGGCGACACAAAGGAUGCCAUCGUAGUUUAUUGCGACAUGGAAGAGAAGGCCACCUGUGUCCUACCUCAGCCUGCUAUGACCGAAGAGUUCAACUACGUCACUAGCGACAAAGGUGCUAAAUGGCUCGGCGAAGACAUCAGUCCAGGUUUCGAGUUCACGUACAAAGCUGACAGCAACCAGAUGUCCUUCCUGCAAUUGCUCUCUGCAUCUGCCUCCCAAGAGUUGACCUACCAUUGUAAGAACUCCAUUGCUGUCUUCGACGCCCAGAAGAGGAGCUUCAGGAAUGCUCUCAAGAUCAUGACGGCCACCGAUCAUGAGCUGAAGGCCAGAGGAAGUAACAAGUUCAGAUACAGAGUCUUGGAGGACGGCUGUAAGACCGCAUCCGACGCCUGGUCGUUCACGAAGAUUGCGUACCGCACCGACAAGCCUCAACGGUUACCGUUCAACGACAUCGGACUCCAAGACGUCGGUUCGCCGAACCAGUCAUUCAAGAUCGAGAUUGGUCCGGUGUGUUUCUCAUAGGACACCGAAAACUGAAUUCGCCUAAAUAUUUCCAGUGACCUAGAACAGUGGAAGGGGGGGUUUGGGGGUGUGUUCAGUGAAGGAAAAUAAGCAAAAAAAUGAACAAAGUGUGUGAAGUAAAUAAAGAAUGAUAACGAAACCCACAGAAGUGCCCAAUCAAGUCGGUAAAAUACAACAGACAAUGAUGUUUUUUUAUAAAUCAGUUGGAUUUAUCGCCUGUUGGGUGACUUAGUUUCCCGCCAAGAAUUGAAGAAGAAGAAGAGGGGGGAGGAGUCACGGAUGUAAACAAAGUAGCGGGUCCUUUCGUUUGACGCAGUCAGUCGUCGAUUGGACUGCCGUUCAAUUAGCGUUAUUUAAACCGUUUUCUCCGCGAGACGCAUCCUUACAACAUCAUGACUGUAUCCCUCACUCUACGUGAGGUUGAUGACAGUACUCCCCUCUGUGUAGAGAAAAAUCACCAUCAUCUCCUAAUCACAAUCCCUAGUCCUUCCUACAUUGCUCUGAGUCACGACUUGCUAAUCGUAUCAUGUAUAAUUUUCAUGUUAGAAUAAAUAAAAAAAAAAAAUAUACAACGCUCGCCGCUCUCUCCUACACUCUCCAUUUUUCCUGAUUUUCAUGUGUUCAUUUCCUCAGUCUUUUAUUUUAAUUUCUCUUCACCAUUAGGUUAGGAAGACACUGAAUAAGAACAGCGCCAUCGAUAUACAAAGUAAGUUGUAAAGUGCUUAUAAUACAAGAGAACAGAAAAUAGACUGUGUACAUUUUGUAUGAUAUUAAGGGGCACCAUAAGGGGAUGUUUUUUUUUUCCUUUUUUUUAGUGGUUAUUCCCAUAGUCACUUGAUCGGGAUGAAAAAAAAAUAUUUUUUCGAAUAAGAGUUUUUAUAUGUUUUGUAAAUUUACGAAAAAAUAAAAAGAAUGGGAU